UAUAUGCUACGAACAGGGUUGGUGAAAAUACUGAAGAAGUACGAAAAAAGAACAGGUGCUUUGAUCCGUUUGCCUUUCAUUCAAAGGGUGUUGCAACAUCCCUUCUGCACCAUGGACUUGCUUUACAAGCUGGUGAAGGAGUGCGAGAUGAUGCUGGAACAUGUCUUCCCCAAGAAUGAAAAACCAUCUUCCAGUGAAGCAAAGAAUGUGGAGAGCUUAUAUAUGAAAAGCACAAUAUCAGCAUUGCUAGCACUCAAGGAAAUUCGGAUUGGAAGCUCAACUGUUAGCGUUUGCUCGUUGCCUCCACUGCAAAUCAACGGAUCGGACAAGACAUGGAAAAUGAGUCCUGUUCUUGAACAAGCAGCCAAGUAGUUAAGUUUUGGUAAUAGGUGAAUUAUGCUUGAAAAU